AUGUCGGGAGAUGACCAGCCAUCCUGGGUGAACCUGGGAAAUGACAAUAAAACUGGCAGAGACAGAGAUCAUGACAGCAACAUCGUCCACAGGGACCUGAAGGCAGAGAACAUUUUUUACAUGACGUCCCACUGCGUGAAGGUUGGUGAUUUCGGCUUCAGCGCGGUCUCGGGAUCCAAUGACCUCCUGCACACUUUCUGCGGCUCCCCACCUUACGCCGCCCCAGAACUGUUUCGUGACAAGGGCUACCUGGGGAGGUACGUGGAUAUCUGGGCCUUGGGAGUCUUGCUCUACUUCAUGGUCACGGCAGCCAUGCCCUUCCACGAGGAGAACUUAGGCAGGCUGAAAUGUCGCAUACUGCAGGGUUCCUACAGCAUCCCCUCGUAUGUCUCCGAGAAGUGUCAAAGGGUGAUUAAAGGUAUGCUGAGGCCCGUCCCUGCUGACCGCUUCUCCGUGGCUCAGAUCUGCGGCAGUGCAUGGUUAAAAGGAGUUGAAUUUCCCAAACCGUACAAACGCUUUGAGCUUAACCCCGCACGUCGGCUGGACUGCCGGCCCCUGACAGCAGAGGAGCAGAUUGUGAAAAGUGUGUUAGUGGACAUGGGAAUAACAGAAGCCCACAUGGAGAAUAGUGGCUCCCGUGGUGCUGUCACAGGGAUCUCCCGUAUCCUGAUUCACCGUUUGCAGAAACGGAGAUCUGCCGAGGUGCUCAGUUCUUCUGCGAACUCUUUGAAAAAGUUCUCUACAAGAGCAUCCUGGGCCAGAAAUGUGUCUGCAGACGGGCAAACUACUUCAGCCAUUUGUGUCAUCCUGUGACUAGGAACCACCGGAUCAGUGAGUUCUGUACUUCCCGGAACCACACAAAGGCUUUGAAACCCUGGAAAUGAGUUUCUAAACAAGGAAGAAGAUGAAGUUCUUUGAUGCCAUUUUCACGUUGGAAUGCGUAGGACAUUGGCAGUAGCCUACCGCUCUCUUAAAAUGCCAA